AAAUGUAACAUUUUAAGUAUUUUUUUCAUUUAUAAACAUUAAAAGUUAACGUAAACCAUUUUACCUAAAAUCUUCACUUUACCGUAAUACCAUUUGUUUAUGUGGAAACCAGUGAAACGUGAAGAAAAUCGGAUCAAAUUUUGUAAAUUGUAGACAUAUUUUGGGGAUUAAUACACGAGGAUGAUGACAACCAUGACAACAAACUUUUAAAAUGGUGUGAAUAAUGCUUCGACACAGCAAGUAUAAACAGAGUAAAAGUCCAGCACCAAACACUAUGAGACACUCUUUAAUAAUAGACCCUGUGGACCAAUGGCUAUUAGACAUACAAGGGGCUGUAGAGAUGGAGUGUAUGUCAGUCUUACAGGGCAAAUCUAUACUCAAACAUAUGGAUAAAUAUGCUAUCAACUCAGCAGCUAUAAGAAGUGCAAUUAAUACAAUACGUAAUGAAUCUCAUUUAAUCAGUGGUGAAUUCUCUAAGUUAUACAAAAGUGUAAACAGUGAGAAGUGGAAAAAUGUCUACCCUUACACGAUACAAGUCACAUGUCACAUACGAUCACUCAUCCAUGAAUGUAAUGAAACCAUGCCAAAUGCACCAACAUAUAUUUUAGAGCAACAAGAAGUUGUAAUGGGAGAAUGUGCCAAGCUUGCCCAGUUGGUUGAAAGUACUGCAGCAAAAUCAGAUGAAAAUCCAUCUCGGAUACCUGUUGUUAAUCAGCUGACAUUCCUUGGACAAGCUUUCAGUAGAAUGGUUGAUCUAUCACUGGGACAUCUUACGCAGAAAAUAAUUAUCACAUUGGACGAGGCUAAUGAACCGCCAACCCUGGCCACAGCUAUGAGAACAAUCGUCACUUUGGGACUGGAAGGAGAACAUAUGUGUUAUAUUAUUGCAAGGGAAGGUGGAGUACGAGCGCUAUUGGAAAUCUGUCGGACAGAGUCAUUAGAGUUUGCUCAUUGUCAAGCUUUGAGAGCAUUAGCAACCAUCUCAUGUGUGGCUGAAAGUUUAUUCGAAAUUGAAAAGGAGGGAGGAGUAGAAACUUUAAUUGAGAUUUUAUGUGAUACAACGGUCGGAGAGAAAGUACGAGGUGAAGUGGCUGGGGUCAUAGCACAGAUUACCUCCCCUUGUUUGGAGAAUUACCAACAGAUGUCAGACCUAGUAGACAAUAUGGAAGAUUUACUCAGGUCCUUAUUAGGUUUAGCCAGUACAACAGAAUCCUAUGAAAUAUUCUUGUUGUCUUCUGCAGCCAUUGCUAACAUAACAUUUAUGGACAGUCUUGGUUGUGAGAUUUUAGCACAGUAUGAAGCCCCAAGAAUACUAAUCAAAGCAUGCAGUACACCUAUUGCCAAUUCUGUCUUUGCCAAAGAUCAGGUUGUAACAGUAUUAGCUAAUAUGGUAGCAGUAGACCUGUGUAGACCUUGUAUAAUAAACAAUAAUGGAAUUAGUUUGUGUUUAGAACUAUUAAGUAUUUGUCCUGCUGAAUACAAAUCAGCUUCAGAGAUAUCAGCUUGUGAACGGGUACAACAAAAAGCUGCUAUUGCUCUGACAAGGAUGUGUAGAGAAGAAGAAAUUGGGAAAAUUAUUUGUACAUCUGAAGGUAUACCCAGACUUGUACAGCUGUGUAGAUAUGCUAAAGAGAGGAAUAAUAGUGAAGCUGUCCUGGUGGCUUGUCUAGCAGCAUUAAGGAAGAUAAAUUCCCAGUAUAAAUCAACCAACAUAAGCCCUGUCGACUAUCAUCAGCUGAUUCAACCAAGACUAAUGGACUCAUUUCUUAUUUGUACAAACACUGAUGAAAAUUUUGUAUGAUUAAACCUGAAUAUUAGGCUAAACCAAAAAAUAUUUGCUUCUCAGGCUAAGUAUUGUUUUUAUACAACAAUCAAGUGUUAUACUCAGAUAAUCAAAGGGAAUCAUAAUAACCUCUGUAGAGCCAUACCUAUUAAUGGUCCAAAUUUAUGGGAAUAUCCCCCAUGAUGGGUAUGGAUCUGAAUUUUGAAAUUCUUUAUUUCAUAAAGUAAACGCUCCUUGUUGAAGGCUGUACAUUGACCUAUAAUGGUUUACUUUUUUAAAAAUUGUUAUUUGGAUGGAGAGUUGUCUUAUUGGCACCAACACAACAUCUUCCUAUAUCUACUUCAAAAACAGGCAUUCAAAUGGGUUAAAUGUGUAUUUUAGCACAUACAGACUCUUUGAACAUUAUUUAGUAGUAGAUUAAAACACUUAUCAUAAAAGAGGAGCAUCAGAUCCUCUUGUGCUAAUAAUUCCUCAUUGAGAUUUUAAAAAAGUUGGCAGGAAUAUGUACAGCAGAGAUUUGUAAAGUAGAUAUAUUUGAAAAGAAUAUCAAGGUCGUUGGAAUUAAUAAUUAAAUUUCUGAAAAAAGAAAAAUAUAUGUUUUUGACAAUUUGUUUAUAGAAAGUGUAAGGAUUUGUUAUAAUUUGUUUAAACACCAGGUUGUGAUUUUUUAGUUUUGAUUUUACACUUAUAUUUGAGAUGUUAUGUCAAUGAAGAAGUUUUUGUCUUCAAGUGAAUUUGUAUGUACACAUUGAAUUUUUGAUUGAGGACACAGCUUAUUUGUUCCUCAUAUUUUUUUUUAUUGAAAAUAAAAGUAUGAGUUAUCUCCCAUUACAUAUCAA